AUCAGCCUGCGCCGGCCCACUGACCUUCUCUGUAUUGUCGCUCCGUCCGCAACCUGACGAGGACCUUCAAUGUUCUUUUGACAGCUAUACUUGAUCUUCUGCGUUUGCAUUAGUGUGCAAGCAAACAGCGAUGCCCACGAAGGUGGAAAUCCCAACGGCCCAGGAGCUGAAGGUGGAUGAGGUAAAUGUGUCAUCUGCAGUGCUGAAGGCUGCUGCCCACCAUUAUGGCUCCCAAUGUGACAAAGCCAACAAAGAGUUCAUGCUCUGCCGCUGGGAAGAGAAGGACCCCAGAAAGUGUCUGGAACAAGGGAGGAAGAUCAAUGAGUGUGCACUCAAUUUCUUUAGACAAAUCAAGGGGAACUGCGCUGAGUCCUUCACUGAGUAUUGGACCUGUCUGGACUAUUCCAACUUGGCAGAACUGCGUCACUGCCGUAAACAGCAGCAAGGGUUUGACAGCUGCGUCCUGGAUAAACUGGGCUGGGAGAGACCUGAACUGGGAGAUCUAUCUAAGGUGACCAAAGUGUCGACUUCGCGGCCGCUCCCAAUAAACCCGUACCAUUCUAGACCUCGUCCUGAGCCCAACCCAAUCAUGGAGGGCAAACUGGAGCCUGCCAAGCAUGGCAGCAGGCUAUUCUUCUGGAACUGGUGAAGCCGUUCCUGACUAAAGGAAAAAUACAAUUGUCACCCUCCAAAGUCAUGGGUUCUGUCCAAAAACAGCUAAACUGCUCGUGAGUGUUGACAGAUCGACUACACCUCAAGAGUUUAAAUCUUGAAUGCUUAUGCAAACGUAAGCAUUCAAAGCACCGGCCUUGGCACGUUUUGGUUGGAUUUGGACAGAACUCAUGUCUGAACAGUGUUUUUUUCAGGGUGCCUGAACAGCGGUACCUCCAAGUUUGUCUAACAGUUUGAUUAAAAGAAAGACACGUUGAUGAUUGUCAGAACAAAGUCCAUGAAUCCAUACAUGUUUCCGGUCCACUUCUGUAAAUGUUAACAGUGAACAAAAGCAACACACUGAUAUGUUAUCAGAUAAUAAAGAUAUAAAUUAUAA